UACGCUGAAAAUUAUUGCUGGGCACAGGAUACUUAUUAUAUACCGAUGCGUGAAGUGAUUGCUGGCGUGCCUUCAACCGAAAAGAAGCAACGACGUAUUUCGUAUUAUCAGUGGGUACCAUUUUUCUUGCUUCUCGAAGCUGCCUGUUUUCGUUUGCCAAGUUUAUUGUGGAAGUAUAUGGCCGGACAUUCCGGCAUAAAAUUGCACGAAAUUGUACAGUUAUCUUCGGACCCGAACAAUAUUAAGCCUGAAAUCAAAAAAGCCAAUAUCAAAUCACUUACUGUGCAUUUGCAGGGGGCUUUAAGGUUUCAUCGAAGACUGCGUAAGAAACAGAUUCAUCCCCAUCGAUAUUUGCGAAUAUUCAACGUACCUUAUACUGCGUCAUUUGUCACUUACGUGUAUGUACUAACAAAAUUUAUUUACUUGAUCAAUGCUUGUGCUCAGCUGCUAAUUAUGAAUAGAUUCUUGGAGACUGACCGUUAUAAUUGGUAUGGUUUUGGAGCAGUAAUUGAUCUUUUAAACGGUACAACCUGGGACCAGUCCGGAAUGUUUCCGCGAGUAUCACUUUGUGACUUUGAUGUAGGCAUAUUUUCACUAAUUGUUUCUUCCGAAGGUUUUUUUUUUUUGUAUUCAUGUUCUUUGAAAACGAAGAACGCUUUUCGUAAUUACUAA